AAUUCCCAAGUUGACUUUCCGCCACGAAGCAUCUGCUUUGCUUUAGAAAACUCAGAUGUUUUUUUUUUUUCCUUUUUUAUUUGUUGUCACAGUACUCUGCAAUUACUAGAAACACGAAUUUUGAGUUUGCUCAUUGGUCGAUUUUGCAUCAAUCAAUAUUCUGAUGAGAAAGAAAAAAAAUAAAAGAUUCCCAACUCCAUCGUAAGCCUGCAAGUUGCCUAAAGAAUAAACCAAUUUUCUACUAUUUCUCGCAUAGGCGUAUCAUUCAUAGUUAUCUUCAUUGGUGAGAUUAUAUAUAUAUAUUCUUAAAAAUCCAAAAGGCAAAAAAAGAGAAAAAAAAAUCACUGCGUUUACCACCACUGCCACCCUCUUUGUCUCUUUUAAUUAAAAAACAAUUCCUCUUUGUUCUUUCAUCACAUGAUCACAUCAGAGACUCAAAAGUAAAUUAUUAGAUCAGCUGUUUAAUUUAAUCAAAAUAAGGUGAAAUUGAAUUGAAAGAAGUGAGUAAUCAUUAAUCAAUUCUUGUUAUGAAAUUCGGGAAAGAGUUUACAACGCAUUUAGAGGAAACCCUACCUCAAUGGAGGGACAAGUAUUUGUGUUACAAGCCCUUAAAGAAGCUUCUCAAGCACCUUCCUUCUACCGGCGGCGGUGAUAAUGUCCCUCCGGUGGCGGCGCCGCCACCGCCACCGCCACUGCCGCACUUGCAGGAAUGGUUCGUUAGAAUUCUGAAUGAGGAACUCGAGAAAUUCAACGAUUUCUAUGUAGAUAAAGAGGAGGAAUUCAUUAUUCGCCUCCAGGAAUUGAAGGAACGAAUUGAAAGACUGAAGGAGAAGAGUGGCAAAGAUGGAGUUUUCACAAAAGAUAGUGAAUUUAGUGAUGAAAUGAUGGGAAUACGUAAAGACUUCGUUGCCAUACACGGGGAGAUGGUUCUUCUGAAAAAUUACAGCUCUCUAAAUUUUGCAGGUCUUGUUAAGAUUUUGAAGAAGUUUGAUAAACGAACUGGGAGAUUGUUGCGUCUUCCUUUCACACAACUUGCUCUUGAUCAGCCCUUCUUUAUAACGGAGCCUCUAAAUAGAUUAGUCCGUGAGUGUGAGGAAAAUCUGGAGCUCCUAUUUCCUUUGGAAGCAGAAGUUGUUGAAUCAGAUGCUACUGCAGAAGAGCCGACGAGAGGAACUACUUCUUAUGCUUCAAAUGUUUCUCCGGCAUUGCCACUUGGGGAAGAAAAUGUGGAUAUAUAUCGAAGUACACUUGCGGCAAUCAAAGCUAUUCAGGGACUGAAGAAGGCAAGCUCCACGUAUAAUCCAUUAUCAUUUUCAUAUAUCUUUGGUAGCCAAGAUAACGAUAGCACAGGCGCUAUAACUGCAGAAAACUCUGAUUCGGACCCGUUGGUUGGCUCUCAGAGUGAUAAAGAGACGGAUCAAGAGGAUUCCCAUCCACCGUAAUAGAAUUC